UUGUCUCACUUCCUAUCUGCUCUCACAGGUGUAUCUGGACUUUGCACCAGGUUUUACUAAGAAGGAAGUUCAGGAUAUUUGUCCCUUUUUUCGCGUGUGAGGAUUUUUAACUGGUGGGUUACUGAGCUUGAAAAUGGAGCGUUAAGGUGGAAACUAGGCUGAUUUUGUCUCAGUGUUGGUAACAGACGUGACAUCACGGGUGAAGAAUGUACGGGUACAGCCCCGCCCCAGCUUUCCAGCCGAGAAGCUUCUCACCAGAGCCACCUUCUCAGAAGCCUGAUAUGUCUCGGCCCAGUGCAAAAUCUAUCUACAUGCAAAGGAAGGAAUACUCAGAAUCCGUUAACAGGCAUCCUGACACCUUUCAGUACAGAGUGGAGCACCUGUUCACAUGCGAGUUAGACAGGAAGGAGCUGAACAGUGUGGAAGACUGCGUGGCCAAGCUGAAGACUCUGGACAGCCGAGGGAAAGUGUGGGGUCAGGACAUGAUCCUGCAGGUGCAGAGCGGCAGUCUACAGCUUUGUGACAUCGAAACAAAGGAGGUGCUGGAGUCUCUUCCUCUUGGGAGCAUCAUGAAAACUAAGGCAAUUCUGGACAGCUGCACUUAUGACUCACUGCUGGCAGUCACUUGUCAGGAGAAUGGGCGGAGGGCUCCAAAUGUUUUCUUGUUCCAGUGUGAGGAGACCGGGGCAGCAGAUGUGAGAGGUGACUUGGACCGAAUGAUCAAGCACAGAGGAGAAGAGCCAGUAAUUCAACCAAGUGAACCACUGUUUGACAUCAGGAGUAAUCUGGAGAGUAUCAUAGGCCUAGGUUAUUCGGGGGGUUUCCGCAGACCUGGCCCCCCUCCGAUGCAGCCUGCACCUCCUCCUCCACCUGAGUACCUUCCACCUCAACUCAAUACCUACCAGGACUACGAGGCUCCCAGAGAUGACGCCCGUUACAGCCCAGAUAUGUAUGAGCAAAGCCGUUCAGUGCUACCAUCCCCUCCUCCAUACACAGAAGCUGAAAGGAAUUCGGAAAUCUUUAAUCAUGUGGUGGGUGACAUUGAGCUGUUCACAGAUAAAGUUGAAGCAGCUCUACGACAAGAGCAGGGAAACAAGAAAAAGCAAAAGAAAGGCAAAAACCAGAGGAAAUAUGGCGAAAACUUUCCCUCCAUACAAGAAUUUAUUGGCUGUCUUCAGAAAUUUAAAUAUGCAUUCAAUCUCCUGGGGAAACUUGACGGACAUUUAAGAAACCUUAAACCUUCUGAAUAUGUUCACAUUCUCUUCUCUGUCCUUGGCUUUCUGGUGAUGCAUUAUCCUCUGGAUGUGCCACGAUCAGUGCUGAGCCCCUUCCUCACAGAGGCCACUCUGCAGCUCCUCAGCCUUGUCGUCACCCCAGAGGAGGACAAACUAUGGUCCAGUUUUGGAGACACAUGGCAGGUUCCCAGAUCUAAGUGGCCAAAUGGAGACAAGAUAGCUCCCUAUGUUCCAGUCUUUUAUGAUGGCUGGGAGCCCCCAAUGCCGGUCCCUGUACAGCCGCCGUUGCCAUCACACAGCAACAGUCAACGCUUCCUGAACAGAAACAGCCCACAGCUACCACCAGCUCAGGAUAACAGGCCUUAUCGUUCCCCGCCGACACGCUUAGAAGAGCCACCACUCUACAUGCGAGUGAUGUAUGACUUCACAGCAAGGAACCGUCAGGAGCUGAGUGUGUUGAAAGGUGAAGUGGUGCAGGUUAUAGACAAGUCCAGGCAAUGGUGGAUAGUGCGAAACAACCACAAGGAGGAGGGUCAUGUGCCACAAAAUGUUCUAGAACCUAUGAGCGAGGAGGAGCCACCAAGAAUGAACAGACCUCCGAAUCUGGGCAUGAGAUCCAGCCCAGAGGAGGUCAGAGCCUGGCUACAGUACAAGGGCUUUUCCAAAGUGACGGAGCGUAAUCUGGGUAUGAUGAACGGAGCACUGUUAUUGGGGAUGAAGCGUGAUGAUAUACGAGCUGUGUGCCCAGAGGAAGGAGGCCGAGUCUUCUUCCAGCUGCAGGCCGUCAAAUCAGCUAUGGCACUUGCCAGUGAGGCAGAAUAUAGCCAGUACGGUGGCCGUUAAACCAGAUGUCUUGGACCUUGAUGUCAGAAGGACGUGAUUUCACUGAAUAGAACUGCACAGUGAUUGCAUUAUUAAAAUGUGUAUGUUAGGAAUUAUGAUUAUCUGAAAUAAAAUAAGAACUGUAAAAUUACAUACAUCCACAAAAUCAUUUCACUUAGGCUCACUGGACCAAAGAUUUGUGCAUGCAGCAUUUCUAGUACUAUGUAUCUCCUUACCUUAAUAAAAGUGAUACUCCUGUCAGGUAUUGAUUAUAACAGUCUCUGGUAGUUCCUGUCCAUUCUCAGCCCAGUCUUCCACAAACUGAGUGAAUAUUUCAGUAAACCUACAGUAAGAUUUAAGUUCAUCUGCUAUUCCUAAUUGAGAAUUAGGAUUGAGAUCUGGUGAUUUUUUUGGUCAGUCAAGCUGCCCCAGCGUUCCAUCACGCUGAACCAAUCACAUACAUACACCCUACAUUGUCAAUAUUGUAUUCUCUCUGGACACGAAGCAGUUAGUUGAAGACAAGGCUAAAUAUUCGUAAAGGUAUAAUCCAUACCAGACAGGAUUGUUGGCCUUAUUAAUGUAAUUGGAUGCUUAUAUUGUGGUUAGUAGACUGCCAUUAACAUGAAGCUUGAAUUUAGAACUUUGUAGAAUAUUUUCAUAAGAAAAUCUUUGUUUUGUUGAAUAGCCAUAUAUUUAUAGUUACCAUCCAAUAAAUCUAUAUUAACCAGAAA